UGGCACAGGCUCCGGACACGCAGGCUCAGCGGCCAUGGCUCACGGGCCCAGCCGGAUCGGGGCACGAACCCGUGUCCCCUGCAUCGGCAGGCAGACUCUCAACCACUGUGCCACCAGGGAAGCCCCUCCCCCAUUCUUUUUUAAACCAAUUGAACUGCUACUUCUUUAAGCCCUGAUCAAAUUUUGCCUACUUCUGUAUUACUUUCUGAGGCAGAAUUCAUCUCUCUCCCCCAAAUAUUAUGAUGAUUUUUGCCCUCACUCAAAAGACAGCAAGCUCCUCGGGAUAGGGACUGCGUCUUAUUCAUUUCCAUACAUCUAGUCUAUUAGCCCAAUGCCUGACAUAUGGUAGAUGCUAAAUAAAUAGAAGAGUGAAAGGCAUUCCCAGCAGUGAGAACUAAAUGAACAAAGGUGGUCAAAGGUUUGGGUAAAAAAUGAAUAGUUUAAUUUGGCUAGGGUAUGAGGGAGAGUAGUAGGAGAAAAGAUGGAAAAGUCUCUUUGGUAGUAUUUUGAGGGGACUUGGAAGUCAACUAGAGGGAGAAGAUGUGCAGAUAGAAGAUACUUUGGUAGAGUGUGGAAAGCCAAUGGAGGUUUUUGAGCAAAGGUGUAAUAUGAUGAAUAAUACAUUUAGUUUAAACCUAUCAGACUCUCUAAUAAAUAUAUACAGUUUUCCAUUCAUACUCAAAUUCGCCUCCCACCUACUCAUCCAUCCACCCUCCCACCCCCAGACUCCCCCCACAGCUUGCCCUACCCCUUCACCUGCUCCCUGGCUGGGCCAGGGAUGUAUAUGUGGGCUGCUUCCCCUCUCAGCCAGAGGACGUGGGGUCCCCAGCUGCCUGGGACUGGGAAGCAGGCCAGGGUUAGCUGAGGUUGGCUGGCGAGCAGCCAGGCGGUGCCAGGGAGAACCUGUAUAGUGCCAGGUGGUGCCUUGGGUUCCAAGCUGAGCCCAUGACCCUGAUAACCUUCUACCUGCGCACAUACCUGCCGCUCACUCCACCCCAUGCCCAACUUUGCUAUCAGGGAGGGGGCACAGGGCCAGACAGACCUGCAGGGCUUUGGCUCCAUCUCUACAAAAGGGCCUUCUGUGAGCCAGUCUGCUCCCCUCCAGGCUUGCUCCUCCCCCAUCCAGCUCCUGUUUCUGAUGCACGUACAGACCGUACACACCGUGUCCCAGGACACCCCACAGUCAGCCGCAUGGCUCCCCUGUGCCCCAGCCCCUGGCUCCCUCUGUGGAUCCCGGCCCCUGCCCCAGGCCCCGCUGUGCAGUUGCUGUUAUUACUGCUCCUCCUGGUGCCUGCCCAUCCCCAGAGCCUGCUCUGGAUGCAGGGGGCUCCCACCACAGGAGGAGAUUCAUCUGGGGAAGACGAUCCACUGCGUGAGGAGGACCUGCCCAGUGAAGAGGAUAUACCUGGAGAGGAGGACCCACCUGGCAAGUUGGAUCCACCUGGAAUGAAGACUGAAGCAGAAGAGGAUUCUCUGAAGAUAGAGGAUCUACCUACUGUUGAGACUCCCAGGGAUACUCAAGGCCCCCAGAAUAAUGCCCACAGAGACAAAAAAGGGGAUGACCACAGUCAUUGGCGUUAUGGAGGCGCUCCGCCAUGGCCCCAGGUGUCCCCCGCCUGCGCUGGCCGUUUUCAGUCCCCGGUAGAUAUCCGUCCAGAACUCACCGCGUUUUGCCCAGCCCUGCGACCCCUGGAACUCCUUGGCUUUGAGCUCCCGCCACAACCAGAACUGCGCCUGCGCAACAAUGGCCACACCGUGCAGCUGAGUCUGCCUCCCGGGCUGGAGAUGGCCCUAGGUCCCGGGCAGGAGUACCGGGCCCUGCAGUUGCAUCUGCACUGGGGGGCUGCGGGUCGCCCGGGCUCGGAGCACACGGUUGGCGGUCACCGUUUCCCUGCCGAGAUCCAUGUGGUUCACCUCAGCACUGCAUUUGCCAAAGCUGACGAGGCCUUGGGGCGCCCGGGGGGCUUGGCCGUGCUGGCUGCCUUUCUGCAGGAAGGCCCCGAAGAAAACAGCGCCUACGAGCAGUUGCUGUCACAUUUGGGAGAAAUCGCUGAGGAAGACUCUGAGACUUGGGUCCCAGGACUGGAUGUAUCUGCACUGCUGCCCUCUGACCUCAGCCGCUACUUCCGAUAUGAGGGGUCUCUCACCACACCCCCCUGUGCCCAGGGAGUCAUCUGGACUGUGUUCAACCAGACAGUAAAGCUGAGUGCUAAGCAGCUCCAUGCCCUCUCUGACUCCCUGUGGGGACCUGAUGACUCUCGGCUACAGCUGAACUUCCGAGCUACACAGCCUUUGAAUGGGCGAAUAAUUGAGGCCUCCUUCCCUGCUGGAGUGGACAGCAGCCCUGGGACCGUUGAGCCAGUCCACCUGAAUUCCUGUCUCGCUGCUGGAGACAUCCUGGCCCUGGUUUUUGGCCUUCUCUUUGCGGUUACCAGCAUCGCCUUCCUUGUGCAAAUGAGAAGGCAGCAAAGACACCCAAGUGGGACCAAAGGAAGUGUCAGGUACCACCCGGCAGAGGUCACGGAGACUGUUGCUUAGAGGCCUGCAACUUGGAGAAUGUGCAGAGAAGCUGGCCAGAGGAAUCUGAGGGGGAGCUGGAGACUUUGUCCUGCCCAUUACACUACUUCCUUUUAAGCCUCCAAAGAUAUAUUUUUUAAAUAAAUAUUUCUAAUAAAGUCUGUGGAAGGCGUAUCCUUGUUCCCCAAAUCAACAGGAUGGUGUGUUCAUUUCCUAUUGCUGCUGUAACAAAUUACCACAGACAGUGGUAACGGAAAUUUAUCCUCUUAAGAGUUCUAGAGGUCAGAUGUUCAAAAUGAAUCUUCUGGGCUAAAGUCAAGGUGUUGGCAGGGCUGGUUCCUUCUGGACACUCCUGAGGAGAGGAUAUUUUCUUGCCUUUUU